CGUCAAUUUGUACAUAUAAACAAAGUCCAGUAUUUUCUAUCCUCACUAAAAUAAUGUAUUAUUAAGAAAUUGCUCUAACCAAUUUCAGUUUAACCAUGUAAUUGGCGAUGGACACCAAAUAUCAGUUUCAUCUGUAAUAUAAGUACAUCACCUAAUAAAUCAUUACAAAAUAACAGUAUAAAAAAAAAGAAAUCUAUAAUGGACAACCGAAAAUUUGAAGUCACAGAGGACCUACUUGAUGUAACGGACUCAGAAGGAUCUACAUCAUCAUCCAGCAAUGUAAUUUUUGAACCACACCAGCCGUUCGUACUGGACUUACAUGACCUUCAGAUAGACGCUCCGCGGAAAGACGAUCCACCCUACCCACCACCAGAGGUUAAGAAAAAGCAGAGAAAGAAAAAGAAAGGACAAUCAGGUCCCAACAAGAGUCAUACCAGCAUUUCUUCUAGCAGUCUAUCUGAAGCCAAUUCUGUACCUUCAUCUUUAAUUGACGAACAUGCUAAAGAAACAUUCUAUGAUGCUCAUGAAAGUUAUCAUGCCUUACUUGAAAAUCAAGCCAGCAAUCCGGUAGCAACUGCAGUGCUGUUGCAAGCUCGAUCAGAGCAUGGGCCUGAUUUUAAGAUCACACUAGAGCAAGCAGCGCCAACACAAGCUGCAUCUACUACGAAACAGCUUUCCACUAUUUCGAAACUUGUUACAAGACCGGAUUAAGCUGAAUUAUAAAAAGACAAUCAAAAUUUUUAUCAAAUAACAUCAACAAGAAUCUCAGUCUACUCGUAGAUAAUAAAAAAUAAUCAAAAAUAAAGCAAAUUCAU